AAGAAAUUACAUGAGACGAUUGCUCGACGUUUACUUGAAGCAAUUAUAAUAAUGCUUGAAGCCUUUCACAGCAUUAACUUCCGUUUCUCAAAGCAUUCAUCAUUACGGGAUUGCAAAGCAUAUAUCAGCGUGCGUAUGUUAUCUCUUAUACCACGCUGGUUUGUGCAUAAAGAAUCUUCCACAAAGCAUGUCAAAGUGUGGAUGUAGGCAGUACUUGAUUUUGCAUUGCACCGAAGUCACUUACGUUCAUCCAUCAGCCGCACUGAGUGCACGUCACUGAGGAUCACGUCUCGUAUAUGCUUCUCUCUCUCCCAUUCUCUCUCUCUUUCGCUCGCUUUCGAAUUCGGAGUUCGCUCAAGAAUAUGUCGCGCGAUUUCGGGCGCCCGUGUCGAUAUUGACAACGCCAACUUAUUCAAGUUGGAUAGAUGGUGCGAUCGGAGGCCAAGUUACAUCAUCUUGUAUCAAAAAUAAAGUCUCACCUUCUUUAUAAUUCACUUGAGUAUCUAUUUGAUCUACUCCAUACGUGUACUUAACCAUAAAGUGCUUUGAGCAAUUGUUCUUUCAAUUGUACUUAUAAAAAAUUGUCUCCGUUUACUAGAUUAAUAAUAUCCAUCUGUCAGUUGGAUGCCAUGUGCAUUGAAAGUCCCUGAACUCUCCAUAUUGCUGCGCACUUCAACAAAAAUGGCGUCUCGCAAAAAUGUUGGCUGGCCUAACGUCAAAGUUUCGCGAAAUUAUUCCGGGAAAAGGCCUGUUUUAGCAACGUCAAAAUCAAAGUUUGGAGUGGAAACAGUGAAGUUGAAGACCUGCCGCGGCACAAAUGCGCUCCCCGUCAGUUCACACGAGCAGCGUGCGGUUGAGGUCUUCGGCAAUGUUCCUACCGUUCCAAAGCGUCCUAUUACUCCGACGCAAGCAGGUUCGUCACUACCGCUUGUGACGAAUAUGUUUCCGGUCAAACUGCCAUCUGCGAAGAUCUUUCAAUACAAGGUAGAGAUUUCCCAAAUCAAGGACACUGGGGAUCAGGAUAAGGUCAGUGACGCGGGUACUGAUCCAUCAGAGUCAAUAAGACAGCAGUCAAGCAGUAGGAAACCUAGCUUUUCGGCCGAUAUCAAUCAUAAGGUCGUAUUGAUAUGCAAAAAACGUAUCGUUGGCGAAUAUCAACUGGCGUAUGAUGGACAUCGAAAGCUCUAUACGCGAAGGCAGCUGCCGUUUCAGAAGCAGGAAUUCAACUCAAUUAACGUCAUUCACAACAGAGAAAAACUCUCGUUCUGUGUUCAAAUCGAAUAUGUGACUGAUAUUGAUUUUGAGCCCAUCCAGAAAUUCUACACGAAUAUCAAAGAAGGAAUAAUUCCAACAACAGCAGAUCACGGAAUUAGCGUACAAGUGGCAGAUACUAUCCUCCGAACAGGGCUUACUUUAUCGCUUACUUCAGUCGGCCGUGCGUUCUAUAGGCCACCUCAAGCGGCUAGCAGCGACUGCUAUCUGAGCGGUGGUCUAGAGGUAUGGCCUGGAUUAUGUACGUCAACACGACGUGGAACUUGGCGUCCAUUGGUAAAUAUUGAUAUUAAAUGCUCAGCAUUCUAUGUAUCGGGACCUCUGCUGCAGCUUGCCAAGGAAGUUCUAGACCCAAAAAAAACGCUACCUUUCGAUCCGUUAAAAAUGCCACUAGCACCUAGAGACCGUGAAAGCCUUGCUAGUGCCCUGAAAGGUGUCAUUGUGUAUUCUGUGCACUUGAAUCAAAAGCGGAAAAUACGAGUUGCUGGUCUGACGAACUAUGGCGCUGAUACUGAAACCUUUGACUGGCAGGGGAAAUCAGUCUCAAUUGUUGAGUAUUUUGAGCGGAGACAUAAUAUCACGUUGGAACGGCCUGAUCUACCCUGUGCUAUACUUGGCAAUACUAACGGCGCAAUGGUUCCUAUGGAGCUGUUAAUUAUUGCACCAGGCCAACGCUGUAUCAAAAAACUUUCGGAGCUGCAGACCUCUCUGAUGAUUAAACGAGCAACGGCCUCACCGAAUACACGGUUUCAACAUAUCAAGGAAGCUGCUACAUUGCUGAAAACCAACUCGGCAAAGUAUUGCACAGAGUUUGACAUGAGCUUUGAAAACGAGAAUAUUGUGGUGCAGGGGAGGCGACUCACGGAACCAAUUAUAAGCUACAGGAAUGACGAGACCAUGCAAACAAAAGAUGGCGUAUGGAGGCUCGGUUCGCUGUUGAAACCGGUCAAACUUGACCGCUGGGCUGUCGCAAUAUUAGGGAGGGUGCAGAAUGAUACAGUAACUAACAUGGUAAAUGGAUUCACGGCAGCAAGUACGAAAAUGGGUAUGAAAAUUGCCCAUCCUUAUAUUCAAACAUAUGAUCAAAGUGUAUCGCCCCGGCAGGUCCUCGUCGACAUCAAGCAACAUGUAAAAAACGUACAAAUGACGCUUGUCGUAAUGUCACCACACACUGACUAUAGUCAACUGAAAUUUGAAGCUGAAACUACUGAUCUCUGCACACGGACGCAAUGCGUUAAAGACUCGAAUAUCGUCAAGAAAUUCAGCAUGACAUUCGCUCAGAGUUUGUUGCAAAAGAUGAAUGCAAAGCUCGGCGGGCAGAACAGCUCAGUCAAGAACGAGUUUCGGCCUCCCGCAUUAUCUGAAGCAUUUAUGGUAGUCGGAAUCGACAUUAACCACUCAAGGUCUGGCGAAAAGGGAACACCCUCUGUCGCGUGUUUAGUAGCCUCCAUGGAUCAGAUUCCAGCUCAAUACUAUUCAACGACAUCGAUACAAAGCAAGGAACCGUACGUUGUCAAGCUAAAACCAAUGUUCACUGAGGCGUUGAUAGCGUUCAGAAACGAAAAUCAUUAUCUACCAAAACAGCUGAUUAUCUUCCGUGCUAGCGUGCCCGAUGGACAGUUUAAUGAAGUUCGUUUGGAAGAGUUGACCGCCCUCCGUCAGGCAUGCGCAAGUAUACAGCUGAACUACGAACCUCCAAUGGUAUUUAUCUUCGUUACCAAACGUCACCAUGUCCGAUUUCUUUGCCAGAACAAACGGCAAGCCGUCGGCAAAGCGAAGAACAUCCCACCCGGUACGCUUGUUGAUCGAGAUAUCGUCCAACCGGACGUAUUUGAUUUCUACCUGUGUUCACACGCCGGUAUGCAGGGUACCUCACGUCCAGCUCAUUACCAGGUUGUCCAUAACGAUGCCCUACAAUCACCCGAUGAAAUCUAUAGCAUCUGUUAUUUCUUGUGUCACACCAAUAUGCGAUGCACGCGAUCGAUAUCAAUUCCGGCUCCACUGGAGUACGCUAAUCUGGCACUCCGGCGUGCUAGUGACUUCAUCAAAGUUGCAGCUCCGAGAUCAAACAAUGAUGGCGCGGCCGAACGCAGGAAAACAUGGUCGAAUGAUCAGAUAGCCACGCUGGAAAACGUAGUUGCAAUUCAUCCAGAAAUGCGUGGAAAGAUGUACUUUAUUUAACAUAGGAUAUAUACGAGAGACGAUUAACAAAAUUAAGAAAAAGGAGUAGUUAACGGAGUAAUUCUGUGCAUAGCAGCCUGAGGCAAAAGCGCAUGCAGGAGUGCAACGGGUAGUAGUCAAUUCGGCCAAAAUAUAUACUAGCAUGGCGAACCGCUUUUGUGUUAGUAUACUUUGCUUUUAAAAAUAUUUAAAAGUAACGGAACUUAUAUUAACUUUUUAUUCUAAGUAUACAAGCUCUUACAGAAACGUGCAAGUAAAGAAAAAAAAAACGAAUCUACUCACUUAAUUGAAAGUCGUUAACUUCUUAUUGCAGUUGUUACAUAGCCAAGCAAAAAAAAUCAUUACGAUACUUUCCCUAACACAUAAUACAAUAGUCGAUAUGACUUUGGAACCCGACAUUUCAAGCUUUUAACUUAGAUCUGCUCCAGCAAAUUAAACGUAGGCCGCGCGUUUGCCAAAUAGACAAUCAAAAACAUGAUUGCUUCUUACUUUAUUGAAAUCAAUUGCGCCUUUAAACCUACAAUUUUUUUAGCGGCCGUUUUAAAUCAGUGUUCUGUUGUCAACCGAUGUAAGCCAGCUUUACUGAGUUCAACUCAAUCGGUGUUUGCGUUUACAUCUUUUUAUACUGUACAAGUGGCAAUCGUGUUUAUAUGCCGUAUAAAGAUUAUCAUAUAGGCUUGUGGAAAGUUAAAUCAAGCUAACUAGCGGAUUCAGUGUAAUUCAAGUGUGGACUCAGUAAUCCGGAAACAAUUGCUAACACCUCGUAAGAUUUACUGUAAUUAAUAAACAAAUUUACUAAUAAGAUAUGUAAAACCUGAAAGGAAACCCCAUCGGCAGUAAUGUUUUCAAUUGAAUAAUACUGUCUUGUUUUCAAAUACAUUAGGUUCAUGUAUGAUUAUGCUACCUUACAGAUGCAAAAAGAUACGUUGCUUUUUUUAAAUUAGUUUAAAUUAGUGCUAAAUUAGUUUUCUGGCGCAAUUUAGCAGCUAAUUUUUUCUUACCCUUAACUUUUCCCACUUAGAACCCGUCAAACUGUUUACUGCAUAUAUCGCUACAAUAAACACUUUGGAGUUUAGAGCGUAUGUUUCGUAAACAUGAAACUCAGGUCAAAUACAACGUACAUAGAUAUUUGCUCUCGACGAAUAGUAUUGCUUCCGCUUACCACGCCUUAUGCUAAGCAUACUGAGACUAGGCAAAUAUCAAUUGUUCUUAGAUUACAUAUUACUUUUACUCAAAACAACGAACUUCACAACGCCUACAGACAUAUGGAUACCUAAUUCAUUGUUAUAGAGCCAACAUUAAUAAAAAAAAUAGUCGAUAUCUUUGUAAUUCGUAGAAUUCGUUUCGC